AUGUCUAGCCUCAAAACCAGAAUUCCGAAAGGCUCCUGGGUCCUUGUCACCGGUGCUACCGGCCACAUAGCAGUGCAUACGACCAGACAACUUCUUGAACAUGGUUUCAGGGUCCGCGGAACCGUUCGAGAUCUAAAAAGGGCUACAUGGCCCACCCAAGACGUUUUUAGGCCCUUUGCUGACCGAGGUGAUCUCGAACUCGUACAAGUCCCGGACCUCGGCGCCCAACAUGCCUUUGACGAGGCGAUCAAAGGAGUAUCGGCAGUCGCUCACAUCGCCUCGAUUCUUUCCUUCUCCGACAGUCCCCUGGAUCUAAUACCUCCAGCCGUCGACAUUAUGGUCUCGAUUCUCGAGGCUGCGGCUCGCGAGACGUCCGCCAAGUCGAUUGUCUACACUAGCUCUAUUGUCGCCACCGUUGACCUGAGUCCCGGGGUCACCGCACAUGCAGGGCCGGACGCCUGGAACGACCACGCAGUCAAGACUGCUUGGGCUCCGCCUCCGCACGCCCCUGAUCACUGA